UUGUUUUUUUUUUCUAGGUGAGGUGUGGCGUUCCAGAUGCCAGGUUUUAAUGUUUUUAUGUAGAUGUUUUUAAAACCAAUGGAUUAAUGAGGAACAAUUUUAUUCAGGGGAGGGGAGGAAAAAAUGGAGCACCUUGGAACAGACUGAGAUCUCCCUCCGCACCCCUCAGACCAUGGACGAGACAGGCCUAGUUUCCGUCAUCGGUUGUCUUGGGGGGUUGUAAAAGUGCUCCUUGAAAAACUCUCCUCCGGAUCCCUCACUUAACCUACCCUGUGCUUCUUAGAGAUGGUUGCUACAGACAAGCUUUGAUGAAAUUCAUGUUGAUUCAUAACAACCGAGUGAAGACUCAGCCCGCUGAAAGGCCUAGAGGGUCAGGAGAGAGGAACAAGUAGGAAGAGGACGAAAACGCACAUUCCACUGGACCUUCCCCUCCAGCCCCCCUUGCAAAGAAAGGAUUUACAGCUCAAACCUUGCACCAGCUGUUACUCGGCUUUAACAGUCAAGAGAGAAAUAAAUAAAAUUAAACAGCCACCGCCAGCCAGCCAGUCCCAGAUCCUGGUGAAAUCAGGGAGAGUGUUUCUGCAACUGCCUUCGGCGAGGGGGAGGAGGAGGAGGAGGCAGCAGAGCUUUGCAAGGAAGCUGGGCAGAUUGCUUGCAACCCCCUCCUCCUGUGCAGCAACCGGAGGGGACUGCUGGAUAUCAAAGGGCAGAUCAAAAAGGAGAAGUGGCUUCCUUGAGACCUCCGGAGUGGCUUUUUGCAAGAAGUCUACCGAUAUCUUGCUCGUUCCCAGGGUGCUUGCUGGGUGGGAAGGUGCACCCAGCUCCUCAUCUCACAGUGCUGCAAGUUUUGCUCGUCACCUUCCCGUCGCCCUAGCCUAGAAACGCUUGCCUUCUCUUUGAAGUCUGGGUGCCACCAUAAGCUUCGUGGGGACCUGCUUCUUGCAGGCUGUUGCCUGACUGAGGGAAGCUCUUAAGAGCUCUCAGCAUUCCUACCCCAACGGUUGUUUUAAAUCCAAAUCCAGUUCUCCGUUCUGAGUUUUUAACGUUUUUAAAUCUCCUUCCCCGCGCCCUCAAACGCUUGGAGGGCAGAGAAUAGCGUGGAUUCUUCUGGCUGCGCUCUUGGGCUUCUCACUCCAGAGACCGUGGUGGACUCCUGCAGACUGUCUGCUCUGUUCAGAACUCGCUCAAAGAGUAAUUUAGGAAGUUGGGCAGUGGUUUACCCCCUUCCGUCUCCCCUCCCCUUUUCGUGUUUGUUCUGACUCCAGCUGGGCCUGGGCUAUGCUGCAGAGCGGAUCCCCCACCAGAGCUCCAACAUGCCAGCAGCAUCUGGAAAGAGGUUCAAACCCAGCAAAUACGUCCCAGUCUCAGCUGCUGCCAUCUUCCUAGUGGGAGCCACCACCCUCUUCUUUGCCUUCACGUGCCCGGGGCUCAGCCUGUACGUCUCCCCAGUCAUUCCCAUCUACAAUGCUGUCGUCUUCCUCUUCGUGCUGGCCAACUUCAGCAUGGCCACCUUCAUGGACCCAGGCAUAUUCCCACGAGCUGAGGAAGACGAGGACAAGGAGGACGACUUCCGAGCUCCGCUUUACAAGACGGUGGAGAUCAGGGGCAUUCAGGUGCGCAUGAAGUGGUGUGCGACCUGCCGCUUCUACCGGCCGCCACGCUGCUCCCACUGCAGCGUCUGCGACAACUGUGUGGAGGAGUUUGAUCAUCACUGCCCCUGGGUGAACAACUGCAUUGGGCGACGCAACUACCGUUACUUCUUCCUCUUCCUGCUGUCACUCACCACGCACAUCAUGGGCGUGUUUGGCUUUGGCCUGCUCUACGUCCUCUACCAGGUGGAGGAGCUCUCCGGAGUCCGCAUGGCAGUCACUAUGGCCGUGAUGUGCGUGGCCGGCUUGUUCUUCAUUCCUGUCGCUGGCCUUACGGGUUUCCACGUGGUGCUCGUGGCGAGGGGCCGUACUACCAACGAACAGGUGACGGGCAAGUUCCGCGGUGGCGUCAACCCCUUCACCAACGGUUGCUGUAAGAACGUCAGCCGGGUCCUCUGCAGCUCCCCGGCCCCCAGGUACCUUGGGCGCCCGAAGGCCGAGCAGACGGUGCUGGUGAGACCCCCCUUCUUGCGGCCCGAGGUGUCAGAUGGUCAGAUUGCUGUCAAGAUCAUGGACAAUGGUAUCCAGACCGAGCUGAAGAGGACAAAGGUGAGGAAGGGGGAGAUUAGCGCUCCCCGUGCUGGCACCUGCGCCGCGUUCAAGCGCUCAGUACGUCGGAUGGCCCCGGAGGGCAGCGAGAGCCCACGAAACGCCACUGCCCGCCGAGGGGAGGGCUGA